GUUGGAUUGUGCAUAUGUCAGUCAUCUCAUGUCAGUCAAUGUGAGCAAACCAAGGGGACGCAUCACAUGAAUCGCUGCACGAGGUUCAUCCAAUCAUCCAAUCGACCACCAGUCAGUCAGUCAUACGUUCCUUCCCCGCUUGCACACGAGCGCACGCACCCAUUCAUCCAUCCAUCCAUCCAUUCAUGCACUGCACACAGUGAGUCGGCCAUACACACACCGUCAGCCCCUCAGAGAGAUGCGCUAGGAUAAACCACCCAGCCAACCCUCUCAUGACCGAUGCAGCAAUCCACCACCACCACCACCGUCCCGACAACAGUGUCUGUCAUCCUUCUAUCUAUUUCUACCCCCAUACUCCCACAGAGGGCGGCCUCUCUGCCCACACCCUCACUCCUCGAUCCAUCCUUCGGUCACUCGUCGUCCUCCCGCUUGCGUUUGUUGGGUGAGCUGGCGGUGCUCUCGUUGGGGCUGUUGUCUAGCUCGUCCAUCGACAUGUCGUCGAUGUCAGGGGUGGCCUCUGCCGCUGCCAUGGCGGCACUGCCGGCCCCGCCCUGCUGCUCCUGCUCCUGCUGCUCCUGCUGCUCCUGCUGCUUGCGCGCGAACUUGUCGAUAUCGGCUGCAGAUACACACACACACACACAGGCGAGGGAGGUAUGCACAUGGGUAUUAUCUAUGUGGGCGCGUGUGUGUUUUGUGUUGUGUUGCGUUGCGUGCCUUGCUUGAGGGAGGUGUGGGCCAGCCACUCCGCAUCCACUUCGCGGUCCUUCGGGGCACUGACACGACACGACGACAGACACACCACGUGUGAGGAUCCAUCCAUGUGGCUGCUCUGCGUGUGUGUGUGUGGGGGAUUAUUCACCGAUAGUCCAAUCCUAGUUUGUCGAAGAUGUCCUUCUCCGUCAGGCAGACCUUCGACGGGCCGACCUCAUGCUGCAAACAAACAGACAGAGGGCAGGAAGGACAUCAUCCAUCCAUCCAUCCAUCCAAUGAGUGAAGAGGUGAGGUGUGCCAUGUGUGUGGUGUGUGUCGCUUCUCUUGCCUUCUCCCUGCCGACACGGGAGACGGGCACCAGGCCGUGAUCGCUCAACGAGUGACCCUGCAGGACCGUGCAGCGUGCAGGACAGUUGUGGCUGUGGGGUGUGUGUGUGGGUGUGUACCAGUUUGUGUGCGUAGAGUCUCAUGCUCAUGUUGAAGUGCUUGGAGCCCGUGAAAUACAGAAUGGCAAACGCAGGCUCACGACGCUCGUAGAGCUGACACACGCACAGAGAGAAAGGAAGGAACACGCCAGUCAUGACCCUGUGUGUGCCUCUGUGUAUGGCUCCUCAGUCACUUUGAUGUCGAUGCGUCUGUGAAGGCUAUCAGGUCCCGGCAGCCGACACACACCCAUGUAAGAACGACUCGUGUGCUGACGGCCCAACACACCACACACACAAGCGUAUCUCUCGCCCGCUCUCUCUCUCUCUCUCUGUGCGUGUGUGUGCGCACCUUCCUGGCCCCCUUGUGUGUGUGUCUGUCGGUGAGGUCGUCCGUCAGGAAACCGCUGGAGUGCAACCUGACGCAACCACCCGCAGAUUGGGGCUCCCUGCCUCUUCGUGGGAUGUGGCCCCUUCCAUCAGACUGACUCGUUCUUGAUGCGCGUCAGCUCGUCGCCGGGCAGACUGUCGUCCUAAUCGAUCAGUGCACACACGCGUAAGGUGACCGACACAUCACAUUCGCCUGCCUCUUGUGUUUGGGUGUGUGGCGUACCUUGGGGAAGAGAAUGAUGUCCACGUCGCCACACGCAGGUUUGCCCCUGCAAACACACACACACACAGACAGAUGGAUGGAUGGAUGGAUGGAUGGCAGCCAGCGUGUCUGGUGGCUCGCUUGGCGUGUGUGGCUGCUUGCCUGCGGUAGGAGCCAGCACAGGUGAGGUCGUAGGUGUUGGGGUAUAGCCGCUCAACAGCAUCACGCACCGUGGCUACGAUCUGCACACACAGGGGGCAUCCUUCUUGUGUGUGUGUGUGUCUGUGUGUGUGUGUGUAUGCGUCGUGUUGAGGUGUUGACCUGGUCUCCUUCAGCCCGGGGGAUCUUCUGCGAGAACUCAUUGUGGUACUUGACGCAGAUCUGAUGACAUCAUCACACGACAUCAUCGUGCAGAUGGCCGUGUCUCUGUGUCUGUGUCUGUGUCCCUGUGUGUGUGUGGCUGACAUGCAGACAUACCCGCUGAUUGAGAUUGAGCAGCUCCGGGCGCCUCGCUAACUCCUCCACUGAGCGAAUGCCUGAAUGAACAGGUUGCAACACACCAGACAGACACACCACACACACACACAGAUGUGAAUCUGCCUGAGCUCAUCUGAGUGAGUGAGUGUCUGGAUGUUUUCGUACCGUGUACGUUGUAGAGGUGGUGGGCGGUGACGUUGCCGAUCCAGUCGACAGCCGUCAGCUUCUGCACCACUGACAACUUGGGGUCGUUCUGACAGACAAAGACACACACACACACAGGCACAGAGGGAGAGAGAGAGAAAUGAGUGGCCAUUGGUGUUCUCACGCACCUCCAAGUUGGUCAGACGGCUGAUCUGGCCGCUCCUGAUGAAGUCCACAAACUGAGUGUAAGGCAACACAGCACAGCACAGCACACCACAGCACAAGAUGACAUAUAUCGACACACGCAUCCAUCCAUGGCUCAGCGUGAGUACCUUGUCCCUUGUCUUCUUGGACCUUCCGUCCUGCAACCACUUGAGCUCGGGGCGAUCUGCAGCCAACCAGCCACCCAUCCAUCCAUCCAGCCAUCCAUCCAAUCAAGCGACCGAGUCUCUGUCUGUCUGUCUCUGCGUGUGCGUGUGACCGAUCGAGGUCUUCCAUGGUCUUUAUCUCAAAUUUGAGGCUUCUGAGGCGACUCGCCACCUGACGGGCAUUCCUCUGACGAAACUGCCAUUGCUGAUCGAUGGAUCAAUCCACAAACACACAUACACGUGCGCCCCGAUACCUCGCCGCCUGACGCUGUGUGUUGCAUUUGGGGGUACCUCCGUCCGCUCGGCCUCGUACCACUUCUCGAGCCUCUCAAACUGAUCUAUCAGCGCCGCAUUGAGACGCCCACCCACAGCAGCACCUGCACCAGCCGACCUAACAAAAAUGAUCCGGAUAUUUUUGUGCGUGUGUGUGCAUGGUAGCUGUUGUGUUUGGCUCACCCGUCGUCUUGUUUGGGCUUCUUCUGGCACGCGAAUUUCUCGCGCUUGGCGAGUGUGCGCACCUGCUGCUUGGUCACAUUCACCUUCUGGUCCUCUGAUGACCGCAUACACACCCACCCAACACGCACAGUCCACACAGCCGGUGUCAUGACCGGCGCAUGGGGGUCGUGUGUGAUGUGAAGUGUCUUACGCAGUAUGGGCGGCAGCACGAUCUUCUUCUUGACACGUGCGGCACCCGACUCGCCAACACGCACCUGCACACGGAGAUGCACAUGCGCCCAUACGUGAAUUUGGGGCCAGCCAUGCUUGUAUGGGUGUGUGGAGGUGUGUACCUUCUUGUCUACGUGGGAUUCCCCCUCCCCCUUCCCCUCGGUGUUGGUGUUGGGUGCCUCCAGCCAGGUGGGUGUGAGUAUCUUUGGCACGUACAUCAAGUCCGACUGCCGGCAGGCCUUGCCGAACGCGUCAGACACCCAACGAUUCUCUACCAGCCUGACGCCACACACACACCCAUCCAACCACACACAAGUACACUCAAGUACACACACAUGCCAUGCCAGUGUCCAUCCGUGUGUUGUGCACACCCACACACAGCCAUCAACACAUACCAGGGGAGGCCCUGCUCAUGCAGCCACUUGACGAAGGCGACGGGAGAUGAGGAGCAGCUGGAGGGAGGGGGGCGGGGGAUGGCGGGGUAGCGCUCCAGCAGCUUGGUGGUGAAGAAGGGCUUGAACUUUUUCUCGGCCCAGCCCUCGCUCAACACGAUGUGUGUGGCGUCCGUCAUGUCCUCGGUGAUCUCGCCGCCGUUCUCUGGGAUGCGCCUGGCGAAGAUUUGCCGCCGGUGGUGGGUCAUGUUGCUGCCCUCGUUGUGCAAAUACACCCUGACGCAGUGCACACAGCAGAGCAUUGUGGGGCUGGCUGUCUGUGUUGUGUGUGUGGUGUGUUUGCUCACUUGCAUCCCUCAAAAAUGGUGGUGUUGGUGAUCAUUGUUGUUCGUCAGCCAGCCUCCUCCUCUCGCCGAUAGCUCGGACACGCAGCCGCCAACCACAAC